UUAACCUCAAAAGUGACUGGUGUUUUUAUUGAAUUUUGACGAAUUAUUAGCCAUUUAAUAAUGAAAAACGAACCUUUAUUGUGUCUACCGGGGCAGAGGUUGUGUCUAAGUGAUAAAACUCACACUUCUGGACAGGGUACUUACGAAAGACAGGGUUAUAUUUAUUCCAUGUUAGCUGGUACGGUGGAUAUUGUUGAAAAAGAUGGUGUACAAAUUGUUGAAGUACAUACAAAAGGCGAACAAACUAUAGUUCCCGUGCAAGGAGACAUAGUGACGGCUCAGGUUUACAUAAUAACACAACAAUUUUGCAAGUGCUUUAUAAAAUGUGUUGGCGAUACUGUUUUACGAAGGCAUUUUAGAGGCGUUCUGCGUAGAGAAGAUGUGAGGGCCACAGAAAAGGACAGAGUUGAAAUAUACAAAAGUUUCAGACCUGGAGACAUUAUUUUAGCCAGAAUUUUACCCAUAACAGAGGCACACACCUAUCAAUUAUCGACGGCAGAAAACGAAUUAGGGGUGGUAAUCGCCCAUUCUGAACAUGGACACCCCUUAGUGCCAAUAUCGUGGACUGAAAUGCAGUGUACGAAAACAUUUGUUAAAGAACCCCGCAAAGUGGCAAAAGUAGUACCAGAGAACCCGAAAGACAUGGAAACAUAGAUAGUUUGUACUUUUUU